GUCCCUCUUGUUGCGUUUAACUGUCCUGCUGUCUGUUUCCACGUGUUCCAGAUCUUUCUACGGCCCCUCCCCUUCUUCUCCAAAUCUCUCUGCUCAAUUGGCUAAAUGUCCUGUCGCUCAGUGCGUAGAAAGGUGAAAGCGGCUCCGCCCACCUUGUUUGACAGCGUGUUGGUGAUGUCACCGGUUCCUCCCAACACGGAAAUAUGGAAUAGAGACAAGAACGGAUACGUUACUGUUAUUAUGGAUUUAAAGCGGUACUACUAGCUUAGAUUUCAGUCUUUGGCUAUUGUCCACACGGAUAUGGGAAUGUCACACAGCCGGUGCUAACUUUCUGACAGAUGGAUAGCCACGCUGGAAAUGGAGAGAGAGUUCGACCUCUGCUGUUAGUUGCUUGUUGUUGUUAACUUCACUCUUGUGGUUGUUCAGAGCCGUGAAAGAAAGGGCCAUGGGGGUCACAGGUACUCUGGGACGACUGUUGCUGCCUCUUCUCCUGCUGUCCUGGGAAGGAAAACUAGUUCAGGUUGGAGGAGUACGAUCAGUCACCCUCCCAGAGUCCCUCCUGUUCAUCUCGACACUGGACGGUAGUCUGCAUGCUGUCUCCAAACAGUCAGGAGACAUCAAGUGGACCCUACAAGAAGACCCCAUUAUUCAAGUGCCCGUUUACCUCACAGAGCCAGAUUUUCUCCCAGACCCCAAUGAUGGAAGUUUAUAUGUCUUGAGUGGCAAGCAGAAGGAAGGCCUGAUGAAACUUCCUUUUACCAUCCCAGAGCUGGUUCAGUCAGCUCCCUGCAGGAGCUCUGACGGUAUACUCUAUACAGGUAAAAAACAAGAUGUGUGGUUUGUGGUGGAUCCUGAGACAGGUGAGAAGCAAACCAGUUUAACCACCUCCUCCUCUGAAUCUAUCUGUCCCAACACUCCUCUGCUCUACAUAGGACGCACAGAAUACAUGGUUACUAUGUUUGACACGAAGACACAGGAGCUGCGAUGGAAUGCUACAUACAAUGACUACUCUGCUCCACCUUAUGAUGAGAAACAAGACUACAAAAUGGCUCAUCUUGUAUCGAGUGGUGAUGGCCUUGUUGUGACAGUUGACAGAGAAACAGGUGAUGUCCUGUGGAGUCAGAACUAUGGAUCACCCGUCGUAGGGGUCUAUCUGUACUCUGGUGAUUCACUAAGACACGCCCCCCACCUGUCCCUCGGCAUGGAAACGCUACGCUUCCUCACGUUCUCUUCUGCCAGUGAGCAGGCAGAUGCACACUCGACACUGAAGUGGAGCUAUCAGUUUGUAAAGGAGCAAGCCAGCGCACAAGCUCAACUUGUCCCCACUCUCUACAUUGGAAAAUUGCACUCUCACCUCUACGCCUUGAAUUCCCUUGUCCACCAUGGAGUCUCAUUAGUGCCUCGUGGCCUGACCCUGGGACAGAUUGAAGGUCCACUGACGGCUGGAGUGACGGUCAGAGAACGAGGGGAGUGUGAGAUCACGCCAUCCACUGAUGUGCGCUAUCCGCCAGGCAGCAUAAACAGCCAGAAAAACCACUGGUUGCUAAUAGGUCAUCACGAGCUCCCUCCAGUAGCCCACACCACCAUGAUGAGGGAGUUCCCAUUCCCCCUGCAGCGGCAUUCUGGCGAGGCAGUCAUCCCUCCUCGACCUUCUCCUUCCUCGGGCUUCACUAGCAACUAUUACCACCAGCGAUACUCCAAGACCUUUGCUGACAGCCAUAGCGACACUAAUGCUAAGAGAGGAGGGGUCGAUGGGAGGACAUCAGGGCAGGCUCAGAGACCGACUACUGUGCUGCCUGUCUAUAUCACACAGGACCCCCUGACUCUGGCUGUUCUGACAAUAAUGCUGGGAGGAUGGCUGGUUUUUGCACUUACAUAUCCACCUAUGGCACAGUAUGUGUUUCCUCAGCGCGCAGCUCAGCGGCAGCUGGAGGAGGUUUCUGAGUCUCAUCUGCAGUGCAUGCAUACCAGCAUGCAGACAAGCAUACAAACAUUGUCCUCAGGUUCUUCAGACUCAUCCCUUUCUACUCAGACAAACCCCUCUAGUGACUCUCCUCCUGCAUCCACUGACCCUCUGCCUAGUCCUCAGACUAACAGCCACAGCAUCUCAGAUACUGAUAGAAGUGGCUCCAGCUGCUACAAAUCCACAGCAGUGUCAGAAGGAAAUUGUGAGGAGGUGCAGGUGGGUAAACUGUCCUUCAUUUCAUCUGAGGUGCUUGGACACGGCACAGCUGGGACGUUUGUCUUCAGGGGUAAAUUUGAUGGACGCCAUGUAGCGGUGAAGCGAAUCCUGCCCGAGUGUGUUGAGGUAGCAGAGCGAGAGGUGCAGCUCCUGCGAGAGUCUGACACUCACCCAAAUGUCAUCCGAUACUUCUGCACAGAGAGAGACCGUCUCUUUACCUACAUCGCCAUCGAGUUGUGCGCCGCAACCCUGCAGCAGUAUGUGGAGGAUCCAACCUGCUUUCCUGAGCUGAAUGCUAUCACUCUGCUGGAGCAGACCAUGUGUGGCCUCUCACAUCUCCACUCACUCAACAUAGUCCAUCGUGACCUGAAGCCUAGAAACAUCCUCCUGUCUACUCCCAGUCCACUGGGUCAGGUCCGAGCUCUCAUCUCUGACUUUGGGCUCUGUAAGAAAAUACCAGACGGCCGGAGCAGCUUUUCUUUGCGCUCAGGAAUACCAGGAACUGAAGGGUGGAUAGCUCCUGAAGUACUGCGGGAUACGCCUGGAAAUAAACCGACAGCGGCAGUGGACGUGUUCUCCGCCGGCUGUGUCUUUUACUACGUGCUCAGCAGGGGGCAGCACCCUUUUGGCGAUGCACUGAGACGACAGGUCAACAUCCUGUCAGGAGAAUAUUCGCUCUCACAUUUCAGGGACGAUAAUCAUGAUGAUGUCAUAGCACAGGAUCUGAUUGAGAAGAUGAUCAGUGCUGAGGCAGAGUCGCGUCCCUCCACCACCUGUGUGCUGAAGCAUCCGUUCUUCUGGAGCCCUGAAAAGCAGCUCCUCUUUUUCCAGGAUGUGAGUGACCGCAUAGAGAAAGAACCAGCAGACAGUCCCACUGUGGUCAGACUGGAGACUGCAGGAAGAGCCGUGGUUCGAACCAACUGGAGGCUGCAUAUUUCUGUCCCUCUACAGACAGAUUUGCGGAGAUUCCGGACAUAUAAAGGGAACUCAGUCCGAGACCUGCUGAGAGCCAUGAGGAAUAAGAAGCACCACUACCACGAGUUGCCACCAGAGGUGCAGGAGACUCUCGGCGAGCUGCCCGAGGGCUUUGUCACCUACUUCACCUCGCGCUUUCCACGAUUGCUCAUGCACACACACGCUGCUCUGCACAUCUGCGCCCAUGAGAGACUGUUUCACCCCUACUAUCUUCAACCAAACGCUCAGUAGCUCUCACACGUCUUUGCACUCCCUACUCUGUACACAGACACGCACAUUUACACACACGCACUGGUUUAGUCCAUCCAUACAUUAUCUAUACUGCUUAUCCUGAGCAGGGUCACGGGGGGUUGGAGCCAAUCCCAGCUGACACUGGGCACCCGUAGAGAACCCACACAGGCACAGGGAGAAUAUGCAAACUCCACACAGAAAGGCCCCAGGUUGGCCUGGGCUAGAACCCAGAACCUUGCUGCUGUGAGGCGACGGUGUUAACACUGGUUUAGUUUUUUAUGAAGAAAGAAACCCCAGACACCAGCCUGUUACUGCUUUUGUAAAGCCCAUACUGUUUUGGAGGGGAAGAUACAGUGUUGUGAAAAAGUUCCAUUGAGGUGUUAUAGAUUCAUUUUAUUUAAUUUUAUUUUUGUGCCUCUAGAGCUCAAGAAGUCAUUAAAAAAAUAAAUCAGAAAGCAGUCCAGCUGCAUGCAUGUUAUAUUAUUUGUUAAACAAAAAAAAAAGCUUUUUAAAUGAUUUCUUUCUGUGCAAAAGCCAGAAUCAAAGAAUCCCACAUUUUUUAAAUACAUUUUUUAAAGUUUUUUGUAUUUUUGAGUGUUUAUUGUACAGUACAUAGCAAACAAGGGUGAGAGAGGAGUAUGACGUGUAGCAAAGGUCUCCACCAGUAGGUUUAUCAGAAAUCUAUAUGUUUUUCUGUUUCUAUAAAACAAUAUAAUAGGGUACAAAUAAUAGGAAAAUACUCUGUAUUUUAUGUUUUACAUAAAUGAAAAACUGUGCAAAAGUUCUGCACACAUCAAGUGUCAUACUGUUCAGGUCUCACUUUCAGGUUUUUGCUUCUAAAAAUGAACUAACUCUGCCUUUGGAGCCAAUUAAACCUGAUAAUGAACUGUAAUUGUUUGAGCUUAGAGUGUUGACUAAAUUCGAUUGAGCCUAUUGUGGAAGGUGACAAUCACCUUUGAACAGCUCUGGAGGCAACAUUUAAAAUCACAAACUACCGUAUGCGAGUUGCACAGACUUGGUUGCAGCGUAGUAGGUAAUGUAAACACUGGACAGUUGGUUUAAUAAAAGAAUAAAGCUUAUGCUGCUCUUUUAAGUUCAGUGUUACAAGGCUGCAUGUCAUGUCACCCAUUUUUAAAUGAAAUGCACUGUUUUACCACUCCAUGAGCUUUUAAGCCUAUGCAGCCUCACAAAAAGCCACUAAACACUGUCAGAUCGAUGAUAUCGCCUCCCUGUAACUACUGAAUAAAGGUUUGUUUAUCGUUCUGCAGUACAGUGAAAGAUAAAGAAUUAAACUUUUGUACUAUUAUUUUGAAGAAAUGAAUUAAAUGUCUGCUUUGGGUGUGCCAAAGAAUUAAGUAAA